AUGGGGACUGAUGCCAAUAGCAAGCUCUGGCUGUGGACAUGGAGGAUAUUGAUAAACCAUGGAGUGAGCAGUUCACUGGUGCAGAAAGUGAAGAUAGAGACUCAGGAGUUUUUAAAUCUGCCAAUGGAGGAGAAGAAGAAGUAUUGGCAAAAAGCAGGAGAUAUCGAGGGAUUUGGACAGGCGUUUGUUGUGUCUGAGGAGCAGAAGCUGGACUGGGCAGACAUGUUCUUUGUGACCAGCCUCCCUUUACAUUUGAGGAAGCCACACCUAAUUCCCACGCUCCCUCUCCCUUUCAGACUAGUCUCUACUUCUUUGAUUUAUCUUUUUUUUAAAUGUAGAGAAACAUUGGAUGCUUACUCACUAAAACUAAAUGAUCUUGCCAUUAUAAUCCUGAAUCAAAUGGGAAAAGCUCUGAGAAUUGAAGAUGACUAUAUGAAACAAUUGUUUGAAGAAGGGAGACAGGGAAUAAGAUUGAACUACUAUCCUCCAUGUCCACAGCCAGAGCUUGCUAUUGGCAUCAAUCCCCAUUCCGAUGGCGGCGGCCUUACCAUCCUCCUCCAGCUCAAUGAGAUGGAUGGUCUUCAAAUCAGGAAAAAUGAGAUGUGGGUUCCUGUUAAACCCCUACCAGGUGCUUUUAUCAUCAACAUUGGAGACGUUUUAGAGAUUGUAACCAAUGGAGCUUACCCUAGUAUUGAGCAUCGGGCCACUGUAAACUCUACGAAAGAAAGGCUCUCAAUUGCCACAUUGUACGGCCCAAAUACAAACCGCGAUAUGGGUCCAGCGCCGAGCCUCAUAACACCAGAGAAUCCGGCAUUGUUUAAGAGAAUAAGUGUCGCAGACUACUACAAUGGAUACUUUUCCCGCGAACUGCAGGGAAAAUCAUACCUUGAUGGCUUGAGGAUUAAAAAUGAGGACAAGAGUGGUUGA